UGUUGCCCUUCAGGUGGCAGUGAUGGUGAAUAAACCAUAAUAGGCCCAUGGGUUGAAUUUCUCAUUCUUGCUCAGGCAUUUAUAACACCCGCAGAGUAUGAGCCAUGUCAAUAUGGGAGUGCAUAGGGAGAGAUCACAAUCAGGAAGGUUGUCGUGGAGGAGCAACCCCCCUGUCUUUCAAUGAGAGACAUUGAAGCCCAACCCCCCUGUGUCUCAAUGAGAGAUGGAGUAUUGAGGGCUGAACCUCUGACUGGUCCUGUGGUAGCGUUAGAGGUCACGUUCGAUCCUUUCUGUGGAGAAAGGACACCCUCCCUGUCUCCUACUCAUCACUGCUAGUCAACAGCUGAUCAUGGGAACUUACUCUUUAAUAUAUUGCUUAAUUUACCAUUUACUAAAUACUUUCUCCAUUUGCAAAUGUAAGUAAUAGGCUUUGGAUUCUGUGUCCAGAAAUUGAUAGGGCACUGUGUUCAGAAAUUUUGUAGAUUCCAUGGAUUUGACAUUGUGGUUAAACAAAUAGGUACUUGAGUCAGAAAACCCUGGGUUCAAAUCCCAGAUGUACAUUUAUUAACUUGGGACUUGGGACUGAGAUCCUUAAACAUCCUGAGCCUCAGUUUUUAUCACCUGUGAUGUGGAGAUAGCCACCGUCUCACAGCCUGGUUACAGCACAGAAACCAGUGCAUGGUGGCACUCAGUGAGUGGGGUCUCCCCAUUCACCACUCCAUGUCCACAAUUCUGUGCCAAAAUGCUUUGACAACUGAAAGUUCUUUCUAAUCUUGUGUAUAUGCUUGCCUUAGAAGAUAAGAGAAGGAGUAGAUGUUGUUGUUGGUGUUUAAAAGAGUUUUUCCCGAUCACUGAUCUGAACUUACCAGUGUGAGGCUCUUUGUAGCCUCUAUCUGUUCUGUUAGGUGUGAAUAUUUAUGUAUUUUGCUGGAGAAAUAGUAUUGUACAGUAUUUGGUCACAGGGUGCUGCCUAGACCCUUUGGGAGUGGAUUCUGAAACACACCUGGUCACAUCUUCCUUUUUCUGAUAAGAAAUUGGCAGGUCAUGAUUGCCUCAUUGCUGUCUGUUAAAGCCCACAAUGCACACGCACGAGUAAUCAUUAAAGAACAUGUAUUUCCAUUUGUCAAACUUUUCUUCUCAGGACUUGGAAUGAAAACUCGAUAGAGGUACUCAUUGAUUUGUUUAGCUAAGAUGUACUAAGAACGUACAUUGUGUAAGACAUGUUUCUGGGUAUUGGGAGGACUAUGAAGAUGACAAGAGAGCCCUGCCACUGAGAAACAGGUGUUUGGAAGAAGGCCGGCACAAGAAUAACUAUAAUGCAAGGGAGACAGGCUAACUUCCACAGGUGGGAAUUCCAGGAAGAGUGAGUUCACAUCUGAAUGGGGGAUGAAACUUCAUAAAGGAGGGAUAUUUGAGACAGUCCCUGAAGGGGACUUCAUUCUUUAACUCAAGGGGUUGGUAAGAAUUUGUCAGGCAAUGAUGGCAGGAUAGGGUAUUCCAAGCAUAGAGAACAAUAAGGAAGAAUUUGUGAAAGCAGGGUGGAAUUAACAUUUGGAGAAUAGCCAGUGGUCCAGUCUGGUGGUAGUGUGACGUGUGUGGCAAGAAAGAGGUAAGGGUGAGGUUGGAGGGGUAGGUGGGUAGAGCUGUGUAAGGCUAGGAUAGCCAGGAGGAGUACGUGCCUGACUUAGCAGAUAAGAGAAGGAAUAGAUGUUGUUGUUGGUUUUAAAAAAGUUUCUUCUGAUCACUGAAGUAAUAUGCAUCUAAAAGAAAAGAAUUUGGAAAACAAACAAGAUGAAGAUUGGUAUAGAUACAGAUACACAUUGAACUGUCUAUAAUCCACACCCAAGAUCGCCCGUUAGUGAUUUAAAAUACAUCCUUCUAGCCUUUUACUGUAUGGAUACAAGGUAGAUGGCUAACUAGUUUGAUUAAUUGAUCUUGAGAGUAAUGUAUAAAUGAAAUCACAUUGCCUUAGAUUUUUACAAAAAGAGCCUGUGGACAUAAUACCUUAGAAACAUCAAUAUAACAGUAGUAUGUGGGUAGGUCAGAUACAGAGAAAUCUAUAAAUGAGAAAGCCAUGGGGCGCCUGGGUGGCUCACGUCAGUUAAGUGUCUGACUCUUGAUUUUGACUCUGGUCAUGAUCUCACAGUUCAUGAGAGUAAGCCCUGUGUUGGUCUCUGACCAACUGUGCUGACAGUGCAAAGCCUGCUUGGGAUUCUCUCCCUCUCUGUCCGUCCCCCACUUGUGCAUGCGGUCUCUCUUUCUCACAAUACACAAAUAAACAUUAAAAAAAGGGGAAGCCAUUAAGAAUGCUGUUGCAGUGAUUAAGAGGAAACAAGUUCUUGAACUUGGGGGCUGCAGGAAAAAGAAAGGGGGAGUGCAGAUUAAAAAAAUAUUUCUAAGGAUGGCAGUUCAAGUGGUUUAGAAGAAGGUAGGGAAAACCAGAGAUCCCUUCCAGAUGACAAGCCUGGAUGACUGGGGGAUUGCAGAAUGAUGAACAUGAUCUGGGCUUUGGGGAAGGGGAGGAUUAUGUGUGUAUUUUUAUACGUAGUAUGUUGUGGUGGUUAGCAGACAAUCAGAGAUGUGGGUCGAAAAUAAGAAUGCAGAUUUGAGAUUCAUUUAUAUUUUCAAGAUUGUUCUAGUUAAGGAAGAAGAGAGAUUUCUGAAGGAGGAAAUAGAUGAGAGAAGAACACAAAGAGCAAUGGCGUAAUGUCUACAUUUAGAAAGACCAGGAACCAGACAAGAAAAAGUCAGAAUUGUUGGAGAACUUGGAGUGGGCAGUCCUUGUAGUCAAGGGUGGAAGUAGUUUCAAAAAUGGGUUAUUCAUAGCCUGAAAUGUCACAGAGACCACAAGGAAGAUGAGAUUGAGCACAAAAGAUGAAAAGAAGUCAAAUAUAAGGUUCCUAGCACAGUUCCAAGCACAUGGAAAGAACUCCACUCAUAACAAGUAUUAUUACAAGGAAAUGACCAUUAAAUAUGGUAGUUUUUUUACAUUGAUAAAUAAUUUUAUUUUAUUUUUUAUUUUUUGUUUUUUGGGUUUCUUUUAUAUGAAAUUUAUUGUCAAACUGGUUUCUAUACAACACCCAGUGCUCAUCCCAACAGGUGCCCCCUCAAUGCCCAUCACCCACUUUCCUCUCCCUCCCACCUCUCCAUCAACCCUCAGGUUAUUCUCAGUUUUUAAGAGUCUCUUAUGGUUUGCCUCCUUCCCUCUCUGCAACUUUUUUCCCCGUUCCCCUCCCCCAUGGUCUUCUGUUAAGUUUCUCAAGAUCCACAUAAGAGUGAAAACAUAUGGUAUCUGUCUUUCUCUGUAUGACUUAUUUCACUUAGCAUAACACUCUCCAGUUCCAUCCACAUUUCUACAAAAAGCCGUAUUUCAUUCUUUCUCAUUGCCAAGUAGUAUUCCAUUGUAUAUAUAAACCACAACUUCUUUAUCCACUCAUCAGUUCAUAGACAUUUAGGCUCUUUCCAUAAUUUGGCUAUUGUUGAAAGUGCUGCCAUAAACAUUGGGGUACAAGUGCCCCUAUGCAUCAGCACUCCUGUAUCCCUUGGGUAAAUUCCUAGCAGUGCUAUUGGCUGGGUCAUAGGGUAGAUCUAUUGUUAAUUUUUUGAGGAACCUCCACACUGUUUUCCAGAGCAACUGCACCAGUUUGCAUUCCCACCAGCAGUGCAAGAGGGUUCCCAUUUCUCCACAUCCUCUCUAGCAUCUAUAGUCUCCUGAUUUGUUCAUUUUAGCCACUCUGACUGGCGUGAGGUGAUAUCUCAGUGUGGUUUUGAUUUGUAUUUCCUUGAUGAGGAGUGAUGUUGAGCAUCUUUUCAUGUGCCUGUUGGCCAUCUGGAUGUCUUCUUUAGAGAAGUGUCUAUUCAUGUCUUCUGCCCAUUUCUUCACUGGAUUAUUUGUUUUUUGGGUGUGGAGUUUGGUGAGUUCUUUAUAGAUUUUGGAUAUUGGCCCUUUGUCUGAUAUGUCAUUUGCAAAUAUCUUUUCCCAUUCCAUUGGUUGCCUUUUAGUUUUGUUGAUUGUUUCCUUUGCAGUGCAGAAGCUUUUUAUCUUCAUGAGGUCCCAAUAGUUCAUUUUAGCUUUUAAUUCCCUUGCCUUUGGAGAUGUGUCAAGUGAGGAAUUGCUGCGGAUGAGGUCAGAGAGGUUUUUUUCCUGCUUUCUCCUCCAGGGUUUUGAUGGUUUCCUGUCUCACAUUCAGGUCUUUCAUCCAUUUUGAGUUUAUUUUUGUGUAUGGUGUAAGAAAGUGGUCUAGUUUCAUUCUUCUGCAUGUUGCUGUUAAAUAUGGUAGUUAGGGAGUGUUUACAAGACCCACCAAAAGUCUUACACAGAGUUGGAGUUUAACAAAUGUGUUGAGUGGAAUGAUGACUGAUGGAAUACAAUAGAGGAAGAGUGUAGGAGUUUGAUAACACCUGUCCAACUCCUACUUAAUAGAACUUGUUAAGAAUACUACUUAAUUAGAACUUGUUAGUUCUUGCCCUUUGGGAAUAUAUCUUCUGGACUCUGAGAUUAACCAUGCAUGCUGGUUAGUAUGCUUGAGGGGCCAGGUCAGCCAUCAGGGAGCAUAGUCAAGACAGGCAUUGAUGGCGACUUCCCACUAAGAUUUCCUGGCUUCUCAUAGGUAGUACAGAGAACUGGCAUCAAGUGCGAUGAGUAACUUCAGUGUGGUUAGGGGAUUUGUACUGCUGGGAUUGUCACACCUCCAUGAGUUCCAGGUCCUACUGUUUGCAUUCAUCCUUUUGAUAUGUGUGCUGACAGUGCUGGAGAACCUGGCCAUUAUUACCCUCACAUGCCUUGACUCCUGCCUCCACUCACCCAUGUACUUCUUCCUCUGUAACUUCUCCCUCAUGGAGAUGCUGGUCACCUCCACUGUGGUUCCUAGGAUGCUGGCAGACCUGCUGUCUCAGAAGACCAUUUCCCUGGCUGAGUGCCUGAUCCAGUCUCUCUUUUACUUCUCCUUGGGUUCUACCAACUUUGUGAUUCUCACAGUCAUGGCCUUUGAUCACUAUAUGGCCAUCUGCCGCCCUCCGCACCACCCAACCAUCAUGAAUGGUCCAGUGUGUACGAAGCUGGUGGCAGUCUGCUGGGUGGUUGGCUUUGUCUCUAUCAUCUCCCUGAUCCUGCAGAAAACACGGCUCUGGUUCUAUGGCCCUAAUGUCAUCGACCACCACUUUUGUGACUCUUCCCCACUUCUCAAGCUUUCCUGCUCUGACGCCUGCCACGUUGAGUGCAUGGAUUUCUUCCUGUCCUUGCUCUUCGUGCUGGCCACCAUGCUGCUGAUCAUAGUGUCCUAUAUCCUCAUUGUGGCUGCAGUGCUGCACAUCCCCUCUUUCUCUGGGCACCAGAAAGCCUUCUCCACCUGUGUCUCCCACCUCACUGUGGUGGUUCUGGGCUAUGGUAGUGACAUCUUCAUCUAUGUGAGGCCAGGCAAGGGCCACUUCACACACUUCAACAAAGUGGUGGCUCUGAUGACUGUAGUGGUGACCCCUUUCCUGAAUCCCUUGAUCUUCACCUUCCGGAAUGAGAAGGUCAAGGAGGUCAUUGGAGAUAUGACCAAAAGUCUCCUCCUCAGAGACCCAGCAGCCCGUGGAUGAGAAGGCCAGAGAACACCUGUCAAGUCACAGGAGUAAGGACCCUCCACUGCAGGUGGGCACCUGGGCACCCAUGCUGGAGCUUCUCAGUCUCCUUCUUAGUCUCUCCUGCUCCCUUUAUCCCCCACUCACUCACUACAGAGAACUAAUGAGCUUACAUCAUCUGAAUGAUUCCAAGGCAAGUAUAUGUGAGCCUGAGAUAAACAAGGAGGAGAUGAUUUUGAGGAAGCUGUGGAGUGAAAACAGUAUGAUAAUAUCAACUGAAAGAGAGUAUCCAAAUAAAACCCUCAGUCCUGGGUCUGGUACAUAGUAAAAACUCUGUAGACGUGGCUAUUAUUAUAAAAAUGUGCUAUUAAAAUCUCUCCUUCCCAGUCUGGCUGUAUGGUUUUGUUUACAUUCCUUUACAUUUAUUUGUCUGCAAAUUCUUUGAGGGUGUAUUUCUUUCUCAUGAACUGGCUUAGGAGUGUAGGAUAGGGUUCUGAAAACAGGAGUUUCUCUGAGAAGAGCAGAGUGGCCUGGUAUCCCCCAAAGAGAAGAAACUCCAUGCCUCUCGUUAGGACCAUUUCUUUGGGGAUUAUUCCUGAAGCAGAAGCACUACUUAUACCCAGGAGGCCCACUUCUGUCCAGCCCCUCAAAAUCCCUUGUUUUUAAACAGAAAUGACUCUCUAGGGGCCACUUUCUCAGCACCUUCCACAGAGAGGUCCUGAGGGCUCCAGUCUAGACUUUAUCCUUUUUAUGCACUCAAGAAAGAAAGGGAAGCUGGACCAUUGCUCCCACGCUGGCUGCUUUCUCCUUCACAUGCAUUAGCAACUGUCUUCUCCCACAGAAUCUUAGGUCCAUGUCCCAGAGCAAGGGCCUCUGUGUUUGGCUUUCCCGGAAGCAGCCCGGACAGGAGGUCACCAGGGCCCUGGUGGCAAAGCAAAGAUAGUGCAAGCCAGUUGA